AUGGCUGAAACUAUAAAAGAAGAGCAAGUUUCAUUGAAGCUUCUGGUGAACAAGAAGACCAACAAAGUGAUAUUGGCAGAGGCAGGGAAGGACUUUGUGGACGUUCUCUUCAGCUUCUUAACAAUGCCUUUAGGAACCAUUGCCAGGCUUGUGCAGAAGGACUCAUAUAUGGGCCCAGUUCGUGUUGGUUGUCUAAGUUCAUUGUAUGAAAGUGUGACAAAUGUUGUGAAGUGGACAGACACAUGCAGUGAAAUGCUGUUGCGUCCAAGGAACUCAUCGGAAGAUUAUUGCAGGAGUUUGAAACUUAACAUUGAUGACACUGAACCUCCAAAGUACUUUAUUUGUAACAAGUCUGAGUGCAAGCAUGCUGAGUUGAGCACUUUUGAAAAUAAAAAUUGCACCUGCUGGAGUCGUAUGACCUAUUCCGUUUUAGUCAAAAAUGAGAAAGCAGACAAAGGAUUUGUAAACAAUGCUGCAACUUUCAUCGUCACGGAUGAUCUGGUUGUCAUUCCAAAUGCAGUGGAUAAAAUUAGCAUCGGUAUUGGAUCUGCUGAAAUGUUCUUUAUUGUCCAAGUCAACUACUCUGACAGAUUUGUUCUUACUAAAGAAACCAUCUCUGCAGAAAUCAAGUUUUUCUCCUCCCAUUGUUGA